CUGAUAAGAACAAGCCCUUCAGUGGAAUCUCCUAAAAUGGACAUUGUCAUACUGGUAUUGGGACUUACAGUUGUAGGCAUUAACUCGGCACAUGUUCUAGAUAAUCGCAUUACCAACUCUACAUUGAUUACGACUCCAAGACCGACAUGUUGGUGGAACGGAACGGAAUAUAAUCAUGGCGAUCAUUUCCCUCGAGAUAAGUCCUGCCCAACACACGCUUCAUGCGAAUGUCGAUCGGGACAAGUUUCUUGUGUGUAUCCUGACUGCCCUGCCGAAUACAUUGCCUGUGUUGACCCUGUCACUCCCCCUUGUGGCUGUGCCCAUUGUCCAAAUGGACCAAACUGUGGGUACGGUAAUUUAACCAUUCCGCUUGACGGGGAUUAUAAAGUGGAUGAAAAUACCACCUGCAACUGUUUGGGUGCCGCAGGUGGACCCGCAACAUGCAAAAUAAAGGGCACGUGUGAAUAUAUGGGAAAGCUACAUUCUUCGGAGGUAUUCCGUCCAAAUGAUUGUGACUGGUGUAGAUGUGAUCUGGUAACAGGCAAUGUUAACUGUUUCGGCUGGGAAUGUAUGUCACAGCCGAUUUCGUGUGUAGAUGCUGUGGUUCACAACUGCUGUCCAAAGUGUCCAAAUGGACCAAACUGUCGUUUGGGAAACAAGAUCAUUCCUGCAAACCAGGAUUACAAUGAUGGCUACCGAAUCUGUCGAUGUCCUCUAUUACCGAGCCACGACAUGCAUUUUGGAAAUGGCGGUCCCGAGGCAAUUUGUGAAUUUGAUUAAAAUACCACCGCCCACUCCUGGAAUGCUAACUCCUGGAUACCCUGCUCCGACUCAUCCUUAGCCGUGGACGGAGAACUGAGACUUGGUUUUCAAUAAAUCUUUCUAAUCCUUAA